AUAACGCAGUCAUCAGUAGUUGAACGCGUUGAGUGCUUGCGACAUUUAGACGUGGUGCGGUCGUAACGAGAAAUUGUGCGCGGAACAAACGCACCGAGUAAACAUAAUCUAAAAUAGCUAAAACAAGACUACACAAAAUACAAAAAAAAUUGUAGAAAAAAGCUAUUCGCAAAUAUUUUCAGCCGUUGAAAAUAAAUUUGAGCAAAAAUAUAUAAAUAAAUCUCUGGGAUUUAAUUCCUACUUUUAUCACUACGUUUUUUUUAUUGUACGUCGUUUGAAGUGAAUAUCAUAAAAUUUAUAACCAAACGUUAUCAACGUAUCAAGCAAAAUUAGAAACAAAAAUUGCAACAACCAUGUUUAAUAGCUACAAAAACGCAUCGACAACAUCAACUACUUGGAUAGCAACGUCAUCGACGGCUGCAGAGAUGACGGCAGGCAAACGGCGCGCGGCUGGUGGCAUUUUAACCAGCCACACACCAACACAUGCCAUGCCCAUCAGCGGUAGCAGAAAAUUUCUACUUGCGAUCGCGCUGUUUGUCCUGUUGGCCAGCGUUAAUGGUGCUACUGAUCAGAAGACUGUUAAACCAUCACCAACAUCGCCGUUGUCACUAUCAUCAUCAGCGAGUCUCUCAGCAACGUCAAAAGACGAUAUUUACAUUGACGAUGAGAGCAUUGAAGGAUCAGGCGGUCGUGGCGGGCUGCACGAUGAUUUAGACAAGGAUCCCGAUUAUUCCGGUUCCGGUUUUGGUCCAGAUGACGAAGACUCAUCCACCGAUUUACAGCCAUCGCAUCGUGGAAAUAAUAUACACACACAAUCGGGUAAACAUAAUACAGUUUUGAGCACCGACGACAACGACGAUCUCAUCACCAGUAGAACUCAUCAUCAAACGAAUAGUGGCACAAUCAUUGGCAGUAAUAGCGGCAGCAAUUCAGGCAUCAUCGGUGGCAACAGUGGUAGCAACACUGGCCUCAAUACAAUUGACAUUAAUGCAAUCAAAUCAAUAUCAUUGCCAUCGUUCAUAUCAACAGCCACCACCACGACGAAACAAACGUCGCCAUCCACAUCCACAAAUCAAAAUACACCCACUCUCACCCACCACAUCACCACCACCACAAGCUCUGCGACGGCGGGCAAAAAUCGCGGCUCAUCCCUAUACCCCAACCAAGUCCAACAAACCCAUUUACCCGCAGCUCCUCACUACCCAGCAGGCGGUGUCGCGCACACAGACGACGAAGACUUCGAUCUCGGCGAAGGCGAUGACGACGACGACGCAAAGCAACAGCUCGGCGGUGCUGGCUCUUUCGCCGGCAGUGGUGAUGGUGAUCAUGACGACGAUGACGACGAUCACACAGGCGAUGUGGACGAAGAUGAACACGAAGGUCUCAUCGAACGUCCAUAUCAACCCAAACACGAAUUCGGUGUGGGCAAAGAGCCAACUUCCGCUGUGGAGAAUGGCACCAUCACUAGCAGCACAACCGCAUCGUCCACCACCACCACUGGCAGCGUUAGCAGCAGCAGUGAUAGCAGUGAUCGCAAGAAGAUCUUAAGCUCUAACACGGAUGAAGACGAACACGACGCCGAUGAAGAGGAUGAAUUCGAUGAUACCUACGAUGAGGAGGAGGACAACAAGGGCGAUGACGAAGAUGAUGCAGAUGAUCGUGUGCACGAAGAGGAUGACAAUACCGAAGUGUAUAUUGAUGGCACGGAACCGAAUGCCAAGAGCGGCGACAGCGUCGAACAGGACAAUGAACGAGGUACCACCAAUCAAGGCAAUACCAUACACGAAUUGGAUACGAACAACGUAAAUAGCCAACCGACAGACACUAAAGUGAUCGAACACACAACCGGCAACGAAGUACUCAUCAUGAAUACCAGCGACGACGAUCGAACGGCGAGCUUCUUCGCACAACCCGGCAUCUUGGCAGCUGUCAUCGGUGGUGCUGUUGUUGGCCUGCUCUGCGCCAUUCUCGUCGUUAUGUUCAUCGUUUACCGCAUGCGGAAAAAGGACGAGGGCUCCUAUGCGCUCGACGAACCCAAACGCUCGCCGGCCGUCAAUUCCUAUGCGAAAAACGCGAAUAAUCGAGAAUUCUAUGCCUGAGAUAAUUCCCAACGUUACUAGAGAGUAGACGCUGUAGCGCAGUGGAUUGGAGAUGUAAAGAUGGUGGCGAGCGCAGCAGCUGAAGCAGGAAGUGGAGGUGGAUAGAGCGAAGGCGAGUUGGAUGCGCAAGAGUGGCGCAGUGAAUGGGAAUAAAAAUAAAAAUAAAAUUUAAUAAAAUGUAAGCGAAUAAGUAAAUAGUGAAUAGUGAAACAAAUUACAAAGAAACAUGAAAAAAAUGAGAAAGAAGAAAGAGUAGAGCGAAAGCAGCAAAACAACAAAACAGUAUGAACGUAUGAAACGGCAGCAUAACGAAAAUUAUAACAAGCAAUUAUUCGUUUUUUUCCGAGAAUUUCGGAAGUUUUUCAUUUUUUGAAUUGCGCGAAUUGCUACAACAACAAAGUUUGGAAUUAAAAUUCAGUUAAACACACACACACAAACAUACAGUUACACGCAUAUUGGACGUGCAUGCAGAUACAAAGUUGUUGUUUUUUUUUUCUGGUGUAAAAAAACGCGAUAAUAUUUUGCGAGAAGAAGCAGCAGAACUUACUGUAAGGAUAAUAACGGUUAUUUUGUGGGAAGCAAAAAAUAACUGGAUUAAGUGUAAAGUUUUUUUUCGUCAUGCUAUUGCAAGUUCAGCAAAAAGUUUUAGUUCAAAGUUUUUGUGUACGAAAAGGAAUGUGAAACGAAAUGCAAAAAACCAACAAAGUUUAAGCGAAAAAAUGCGAAGCGAACAGUGAAGAAACUGAAUUUUUUAUUUGUAACAAUUAAGUUAUUUAAAUUUAAGCAACGCAAACAAUAACAAAAACAAAAUGCAAAAAUGUAUGAGAAAAACAAAACAGUAAAUGCAAAAACAACAAAAGAAUUGUAUGUAAAGAGACGCUGGAAAGCGCGGGCAAGCAAGCAAGAAAAAAUAUCAAAUUUAAUUUGAUUGGAAUUUUCUGUUCGAAGCAAAUUAUGAAAUUAUAUAAAUUAAUAUAUAUAAAGUAAAUUGAAUAUAGACUUAGUAAACAUAAUUAAAAAUAAUUAAAAAAAAAAUCAAAAAAAAAAUUAAUAUAAUAUUAAAUGGAUAAAAACAAAUACUUUAUAAGGGUGGGACACUUUUCGUAAAUGUAGCAAAAUUUAUAAAAAAAUGUGAAAACUUAACAAAACAACAACAACAACACACACAACCACAAACCAAUAAAUAAAACAAAAAUGAGAGAAUAAUAACAAAUACACACACGACACGCCGUGCUAAAACACACACACACACAACUAUUUAAUAAUUUAAGUAAAUGUAUAUGUGCAUGUGUGUGUACGAGUCAGCACUCGAAUUAUAAAAAGCUAAAAACAAAAUAAUAAUAAAAAACACAAAACCACAGAUAAGCAUAAAUAUGUAUGUAAACUUUUAGUACCGAAAACAUUUAAAACUAAAAAAAAUAACAAAUAAUUAUAUGAAAUUGCUAGUAAGAAAAAAAAACUAAAAAAAUAAAAUUAAUUUAGAAAAAAAAAUAUUAUAAGUUUGCAAGACGCAAAUAUUAUGAUGUUUAAGUAAUGAGAUAUAAAAUAAAGUAAAAUGGCUAGAGUUAUUGUUUAUAAGUAAAAAAGUUAUAAGAAAAUAAUUAAUGAGUUGAAAAAUAAAAUAUUAUUAAAUGAAAGCAAAUGAUAGAAAACGGAUAAAAAAUAGAAGAAAAACAUUAAAAACGCAUAAUAUGACGAUUAUAAAGAAUUAUAGGAGACACGUAAUUAAAAUGAUGAAUGAAAAAUUGUAAUAAUAAAAAUUAAAUAAAAUAAAAUAAUUGAAAAUGAAAUGAAAGAAAUGUAAAAAAAGUAUAUAAUAAUAAAUUGAACUUAUAAAACAAUUAAAAUUUAAAAUUAAAUAAUUAAAAUAUAAAAUUAAAAAAAUAUAAUUAUUGAAAAUGAAAUGAUAAAAUUGUAAAAAUAUAAAAUAAAUAAUUUUUUUUUCGUAAUAAUAAAUUAUUAAAAAAAAACUAAAAUAAUAUGAUUAUAAUGGAAAUAAUAUAAAUAAUAUUUUAAAACGAAUAGAUAAAUAAUUGUAUUAAAAAACUAAUAAAUAAAAAUAAAGAGAUAAAAUUGUAAAAAAAAAAACUAUAAUAUUACAUAAUUAUCAAUAUUUGAAAAUUGAAAAGAUUUUUUUUGUAAUAAAAAAAAAUUUAGUAGACAGUCAUAAAAGUAUUCGAAUAUUUUAUUUCAUUUAAAGGAAAAAUAAAUAAAGUAAGAAAAAUAAUUUAAAAAAAUUGGAAUAAAUUAGAAAUUUGCUAUAAAAUUAUGAGGAAAAAAUAAUAAGACAAAAAUACUCAAAAAUAACUCAAACGUAAAUAAAAUAUCACAGAUGAUGCAACAAUAAUUGCAAAAUAAAAGACAUACAUAAAGAGCAGAUUUAUGUUUCUAUAAUAAAUAAAUAAUAUAAAAUCUACAUAAAAUAAAAUAAAAUAAAAAAUAAAAUAAAAUAAAAAAUAAAAUAAAAUAAAUUAAAAUAAAAUAAAAUAAAAUAAAAUAAAAUAAAAUAAAAUAAAAAAUAAAAUAAAAUAAAAAAUAAAAUAAAAUAAAUUAAAAUAAAAUAAAAUAAAAAAUAAAAUAAAAAAAUAAAAUAAAGUAAAAUAAAUUAAAAAAUAAAAUAAAAUAAAAUAAAAAUUAAAAUAAAAUAAAAUAAAAUAAAAUAAAUUAAAAUAAAAUAAAAUAAAAUAAAAUAAAAAAUAAAAUAAAAUAAAAUAAAAUAAAUUAAAAAAUAAAAUAAAAUAAAAAAUAAAUUAAAAAAUAAAAUAAAAUAAAAUAAAAUAAAAAAUAAAAAAAUAAAAUAAAAUAAAAUAAAAUAAAAUAAAAUAAAAUAAAAGAAAAUAAAUUAAAAUAAAAUAAAAUAAAAAAUAAAACAAAAAAUAAAAUAAAAAAUAAAAUAAAAUAAAAUAAAAUAAAAUAAAAUAAAUUAAAAAAUAAAAUAAAAUAAAAAAUAAAUUAAAAAAUAAAAUAAAAUAAAAUAAAAUAAAAUAAAAUAAAAAAUAAAAUAAAAUUAAAUUAAAGAAAAUAAAAUAAAAUAAAAUAAAAUAAAUUAAAAAAUAAAAUAAAAUAAAUUAAAAAAUAAAACAAAAUAAAAUAAAAUGAAAUAAAAUAAAAUAAAAUAAAAUAAAAUAAAAUAAAAUAAAAUAAAAUAAAAUAAAAUAAAAAAUAAAAUAAAAUAAAAUAAAAAUAAUUUAGUAAAAUAAAUAAUACAAAACUCUUCAAAAUAGAUUUAAAUUUUAAAUAAAUUAAAUAAAAUUAAAAAAAUUAAUUAAAAAUCGGAAAUAAUUAAAUAUUUAUAAUAAUAAACAAUAACAAAAAUCUAUAAUAAAAUUACUGACGUGAACUACUAUUAAUAGAUACUGAAACUAAUAUUGAAAAAAAUUAUAAUAAAUUAAGAGUAACUUAUGUGUAUAAAUAUAUAUCAGAAAAAAUUACAAACGAAUAUUUUCACUAUUACUAUUUACUCUUAAAUUAAUUACUACUAAAUAUGCUAUAUAUUAACAAUAAUUACGUUUAAUUACAAACUUCGCUAUUUAAGAAUUUUUCUAUUAACUUUUAUACAAUACUACAAUUAUUAUGCAUACAUUAAUAAAUUUUUUUUGUAUUUUUUUUUUGUAAUACAAAUAUAAUUUCUGCAGAAAUAUGCGAAAAAGAAAAUAAUUUGAAUGAUAUGCAAUUAUAAACUAUUGAAUCAAAAGAAGAGCAGUGUGCAGAAAAAUGCUAUAAAUACAGUAAAUAGAAGAGUUGUAGGAGAUUUUCUACAAAAUGAACAAAUGCAAAAUAUAAAUAUUAAAUAAUUAAAAAUAUUUUUUUUAUAAAACGAAUAAAUUUGCUUUAGUUUCAAACCAACAUGCUACAUAAAAUAUAUUAUAUAUAGUCAAAUAAAUGUUGAAAAAUUGCAAAGCUUAUAAUUUUUUUUCUAAUAAAUAAUAAUAAAUAUUUUUUUUAAUAUAUUUUUUUAUUAAAGUAAUAAGCCAUUUGUGUAUUAAUAUUAGCAUAUUUAGCAACCUAAAUCAAAAUAUUUAUAAUUUUGUAUCACCUCUAUGCCUUUUUAAGUUAAUACAAGCAAUAAAUAAGCAGACUCUUAAAGUCAACAGUAAAAUCGCAAUAAAAUAUAUAAAUUAAUUAAUUAUUUGCUUAAAUCUUUUGCAAUAAACGUCAAGUGCCCGUUUAGUAAAAUUUGUAUGCCUUCUAUUUAUUUUUUUAAUUUUUUUUUUCAAGUACCUACAUGCAUUUAACUACAUAAAUAAUUAAUCAAAAUAUAUAUAUUAAUUCAUAAUUGCAAUUUUUUUCUACAAAAAGGUGUUUAAAUAAAAUAAUUAAUGGUAAUUUUUUUUAUAAAUACAUAUUUUUCACACAUAAAUUCGAUUAAUUUUAUUUGAUUUAGUUCAAUGUUCUUUACAAAAAAUAUUUUGUUUAAAUUUUUUUAUAAAAAUUAUUUAAUCAAAUUAUUUUCUUUACAAAAAAUAUUUUGUUUAAAUUUUCUUAUAAAAAUAAUUUAAUCAGUAAGUAAAAUUUGUCAAAGAAAUCUUUUUUUUCCAAAAAAAAAAUUAAGAUUUAUUUUCUCAAUAUAAAUUUUCAAUUUUUUCUUUUAAUAUAAUUUUUUUAUAUUAUUAUUUUUUUUAAUUUUACGUUUUAUAUUUACAAUUUUUUAAUUAUAAUUAUUGCAAUACACAACCGCACACAUACUUCUGCAUCUAAUUUUUUUAAUAUUAAUUAGCAAACGAAUCAAAAUAUUUUGCAUAAAAAAAUUAGCCUUUAAUUAUUAGCUAAACCUUUAAGUGUCUAUUCUAAUUGCUUCACUCGAAAUAUAAAAAAAAAUUAAAAACACAAUCACAAUGCAUUAAUGCAUUUAACAAAA